CCGGGGUUUGGUUUGGUUGGGUUUAUAAUGUGUGUGUGAGGGGCCUGGAGCAGCUAGUGUGUGUGUUGCUGUGCCCAGCCCAGCACAGCCGCGCCGCUUGGAACGUACUGUAUCAAUUCCGGGCACACGGAUACACGGUCGCCAUGAUUCUGAUUCCCUCCGUUGUUACACUUGGGUGCAGUAAUCCAUGAUGGAUAAGAUAUUGGAAGCACUCAUCAUUUCUUCGCACUCCCUACCUGUGAAGAAGGGGAUUGUGAAGAAAGUGGUCGAUGCAGCUGAAAACUCCGUUGACCGGGAGCAAUGCAAGGCCAUGUUUCAUCUCACCACUCGGCUGAUUCUAAUCGGGGAGGACAACUUUCAGAAACAAGUGGGUCACCAGGUACUUGAUGCCUACGCCAGAUACCACCGUUGUGAAUUUGAAGAAUUCUUCAACAAGGGCUUUAUCCUAAACCUUUUGCAGCAAGGGUAUGGAUCAUUGGACAAGAAAGACAUUGGUAUCAUUGACUAUAUCCACAUGGGAUUGAAACUUAUAAUGAGUUGUCCUUCUGUGCUUGAAAUCUUCAGCUUCAUGCACACGGAGGUUCUGCGACUAGUUUGUGAGAGACCAGAGCCUUUGCUGUGUGCUAAGCUGAGCGAGUUGUUGUCUGACUUUGUGCACUGCAUCCCAAGGGGGAAAUCUGCGGUGCUGUUUUGCCAGCAAUUAGUAAGGACAAUCAGCCAGUUCCAGUGCAAUGCCACACAGGAGGAAGAGAUCCGUGGAUUCAUCUCUCAGGUGAACAAAGUAAGCAAUUUGCUGCAGAGCAUUUGGAAAGCUGAGCCUGGUGCACUGCUACCUUCUCUACAAGAGGUGUUCGUAAUAAUCUCUGCCACAGAUUCCAUAUUCGAACCAUCUAUAGCUCUAGCAAGUCUUGUCCAGCACAUCCCAUUGCAAAUGAUAACAGUUCUCAUUAGGAGCCUAAUCACAGAUCAAAAUGUUAAAGAUGCCAGCAUGACUUGUGCUCUCUGCAGGAUGAUUGACUGGCUGUCUUGGCCAUUAGCUCAGCAUGUUGAAACAUGGGUGAUUGCAUUACUCAAGGGAUUGGCUUCUGUCCAGAAAUUCACCAUCCUCAUAGAUGUCACUCUGCUUAAAAUUGACCAGGUAUUUCAGCGACUUUGGUAUCCCAUUGUGCGGCCUGGAGCUUUAGUGGUUCUUUCCCACAUGCUGCUCAGCUUUCAACAUUCUCCAGAAGCUUUUCAUUUAAUUGUUCCUCACACCAUAAAACUGGUUCUGGUUUUGAAAGAUGAAGCUUCACCGGCCAGUAAAGUCUUCCUGGUGCAAUUGACUGAGUUGGUGCAUUGUAUGAUGUAUCAGUACUCUGGCUUCCCUGAUUUGUAUGAGCCCAUUCUUGAGGCCAUUAAGGAUUUGCCAAAACCUUCUGAAGAAAAAAUGAAACUCACUCUUAAUCAAAGUGCCUGGACAUCGCACUCCAAUUCUCUGGCAUCUUGUUUGUCGAGGCUGUCUGGAAAAUCUGAAACUGGGAAAACUGGGUUAAUAAACCUGGGCAACACGUGCUAUAUGAAUAGUGUAAUUCAAGCAUUAUUUAUGGCCACAGAUUUCAGGAGAUCCGUUUUAUCACUUAAUCUGAAUGGAUCGCGACCUUUGAUGAGAAAACUGCAACUUCUAUUUGCAUUCUUGGCACACACUCAGCGCGCAGCAUAUGCUCCACAGAGUUUCUUUGAAGAAUCAAGACCACCAUGGUUCACUCCUGGGUCCCAGCAAGAUUGUUCCGAAUACCUCAGGUUCCUUUUGGAUAGGUUGCAUGAAGAAGAAAAGACUUGCAGAAUGGUGUGUGAGAAUUCCCCGCCGACCAGCGUUGGUGAAAGCUCUGCGUUCGAGUGUGGAUCUGCAGGGCAACCUGAAGAAAUAUCAUCUCUCACUGAAUCAAACCUGGCAAGAGUGGAUGGGAAAACACUUACAGAGAAAAUGUUUGGAGGCAAACUGCAGACUACAAUACACUGCCUAAACUGUAAAAGCACCUCGCAGAAACAAGAGGCAUUCACUGACCUCCCAUUGGCCUUUCCACCGUGCCUUGAGGACAUGGUCGAAGCUGGAUCAACACCGUUGUUUGUUCCAGCAGAGUAUGGAAGCAAAAUGCCUGCUGCGUGUUGUACUGCAGUAAUCUCCGACACUCUUCACCCAGCACCUCCUGACGUUCAUGACCUUCAGGUGGAAGAAGUUGGACAUAGAUCAGAGGCAGAGGAUGAAAGGCUUCAAACAUUUCCACUACCGCCCGUAAAUACUAUGGAUUCUACCAGGUUGCCGAUACAAUCUGAUAAACUAGUCACAGUUCACAGCAAUAAAUCUGUUGACCAGAAUGAUAAAACUAAGUCUGUCCCUAAUCUAAUAAACUACUUUUUGGCCCCAGAGAUACUCAAUGGGGAGAACAAAUAUUACUGUGAAAAUUGUGCCUCUUUGCAGAAUGCACAAAAGGUGAUGCAGGUAGUUGAUGAACCUGAAUACCUCAUUCUCACUCUCCUCCGAUUUUCAUACGAUUCAAAGAGUCACGUCAGGCGGAAAAUCCUGGAUGACGUGACGCUUCCCCUCAUUUUACAGUUGCCAGUUGAAAAGAAAAUUCCCAAAUCGCUUGCAAUCGGCCAACCGCUGUUAUCUGACUCCCCCGAAAACCUGCCUAAAAAAUUGAAGCCUUCUGGCUCGGUAAACUCAAGCGAUUCGCAGUCAGUGUCUUACCACCUCUGCUCGAUUGUCGUGCAUUCUGGGAUGUCAUCUGAGAGUGGCCACUAUUACUGCUACGCCAGAAACACUGGUUCGGGAUCCAUCGGUCAGUUGUGUUAUAAGACUGACCUGGCCGGCUUGUCCUCUCCAAGUUAUAUGACGGAUAAUGACAAUUCCAGUAGUACGUCGGUCAUUUGGCAUGAACCAAACUGCAAAGAGCCUUCCAAGGAAUGGUUUCUGUUCAACGACAGCAGAGUGACCUUCACGUCCUUUCAAUCCGUUCAGAACAUUACCAGCAGGUUUCCCAAGGACACCGCAUACGUCUUGUUUUAUAGAAAGCAGCAGGAGGAGAAUGAUGCCAUCUACCCAAGUACAGUAAAUGGGCUCUGGGUGAACGGAGAUCCACCUCUGCAGAAAGAACUCAUGGAUGCCAUUACAAGAGACAACAAGCUUUAUCUACAGGAACAAGAGUUAAAUGCUCGUACCAGAGCAUUGCAGGCGUCCUCUACGUGUUCAUUUCGCCCACAUAGUUUUGAUGACAGUGACCCACCAGGGAGUUGUGGCCCAAGUGGAGGUGGUGGGGGUGGAAGCGGAGGCUUUAAUACUAUUAGCCGUCUUGUCUUCUGAGAAUCAACUUUCAACAAGGCCAACUUUCCUCCCCUACUUCUCCCUCUCUCAUUGAUGAUUGGAGGACACGGGCGCUGUCACUCUGUGGCUCAGAAUAUAUAUCAAUGAAGUCUCAAGAUGCUUCCAACUGUUCUGCUUGUUUUUUCCCAAUUGAGGGGAAAAAAAUGAAUUUAGCAGCUCGAGGAGCCUGGGGUUGAAAAGGCGAGAAAACAUACACGAUUGCAAUAAUUUUUAAUGUUUGUCAGUUUCUUAACCUUGCUCCUAAAUUUGACCAUAACUAUAUUUGCAUGUUUAGAUUGAUUUUUGUAAAUAAGCAUUCAGCAAUUGUAUUGUGUAUUUGUAUAAUGGCUGUAAAUACAUUUCAAGUGAACUUUUCAAAUUCAUGUAUUCAAAGUAUGGAGAUGGUCAUUUUGUAAAUUGCCACAUUUCUGGCAUCGGAUUUCUUUAAUAUUUUUUUAUUUUUACCGUGCAUACAGCAUCUUGCAACUUCAGGGAGCAUUACAUCAUAGAUUUGAUUGCAAUUCAUUCGUCCAACCCCUCCACGUUCCUUUACAACGCCCAAAUCUCUGUCUUUGCUCGCGUGUGCCUUGGGAUCUGUACAGACCGGGUGCAUUUUAGAAUCCAAAAUCUGAAGGUUCUAUUUUUUUUUAAACUACCAUCUUUGGGAGAGAGGAGAAGAGUCACUUAUAUGUUUAUCACAGAUGUAUCUUAACAUCGUAAAACUGUUUACCUUUUUUGAAGUUUCUAAGAAACCCCUGCCAUCACUUGAAGAGAUCUGAGCUGUAUUGCACAUCCACACGAAAUAUAAGCAAGUAAUGAAAGUGUUUUCCAGUGUUUGUUCAUGGGUGCUGCAGCGGUUUUAAACUCCUGAAUAAUUCAAAACAUUGUCAAACUUAUGUUGGGAAUUGUUCUACCGUUGUGCUAAGAAGAGUUGGGGGAAAAAAACCCAAUAUUUAUAAUUAAAUAUUUAAAUAUAUAGCGCAAAAGUAGACCAUGUGAUCAGCAAAACAACAAUACUGGAACGAUGUUGGAUUUUAUUCAGUAACAAGUUUUCACUAAAUUAUUGAUUUUUUUACUUUAGAAGUGCACUGCUAUGCUUUAGGAUAUGAAAUUAAAAAAGAUUCAAGUCCUAUUUUGCAUAUGAUCUUUUUCUUCCCUCAACCAUAUUCAGGGUGUAGCAAUGAUCAAUGAAUGCUGAGAAUCAUUUUGGCAAUUGCCUUUAUUUAAUAUCUAAUAUUAAACACUGAUGCAACAAUGCUUUUCCAUAAUUAUGAAUGGAUUUUUCUUUAACAUUUUUAAAUGACUCUGAUAGCUUGUUUUCUGUAGCCCUUUUUGUAAUGUAUAUCUUUUUCACAAACAUUCUUUUUGUAUCACAGCGAUUGGACACUAUAGCAGAACUACUUGGUAUGUUUUUGUUGAAGCCCAUGGUCUCGUCAUGUCCCUGUCCCACUUAGGAAACCUGAACGGAAACUUCUGGAGACUUUGUGCCCCACCCAAGGUUUCCGUACGGUUCCCAGAGGUUUUUGUCAGUCUCCCUACCUGCUUCCACAACCUUCUGCAACCUCCGGGAACCUCACGGAAACCUUGAGUUGGGGCGCAAAGUCUCCAGAGGUUUCCGUUCAGGUUUCCUAAGUGGGACAGGGGCAUAAGACUGCUCCUUGAGGCAAGUCUUCACUCAUUUUGUUUGACAUAUAAUUGCACUGAAAGGUGUAUCCAGACUUUGAGCAGUGUCCCAAGUCAAAGCUUUCCGCUUUUCUCGCUUGUCCCUGAUUUUCAGAAAUCGCAGAGUAACACAUUGGUAUCAUGGGGCAAAGGCUGUUAUUGCUUCAAUUAGUGAUGAUACCAAUCUGUGGACUGCAGCAAGAAUGCACAAGUUUAAUAACUGCAGUAAAUCCUAAAUGCCUGAGUAAAUGGAAAAUAACUUAAUAAUUGCAACAGCCAAAUGACAUGACAGUUCUUUGUUUUGUGUGACAUCUGACAAAAGCGACUGUCAUUGUUCAGUGAGUCUCUGCAUUUGCACUGCCCCGGGCAAAGAAAUACUUUCUAGACAAUGGCUGAGAAAAUAGAUAAAUAUUUCUUGCAUGCGAAAGGCGACUGACAAUCAAAACAUUAACCAAAAGUCAUGAUAUGUUUUGAAUUGAAUCAAAUAAGAUUUCUUGGUCUAUUGUGGUCCGAUGGGUAGAACUCUCAACAUUUGAAUGAGUUAGUUGUGGGUGUCAAGUCUCAUUGACUAAAACAUUCUAAGGUUAAUGCUCCAUGUAUCGAGGGUGUGCAGCAGUGUCAUAAGUGCUACCUUGCGGAUGAAACAUGAAGUCUGCUGUAUUUCAAGCCAGAUGGAGGCUCUUAGGUUCUUCUAUACUAAUGACUAACAUUGACUAUGUGGUUAUUGUAUUUCUGUUUGUGAGAACUCGCCAUGCACAAAUUGGCUGCCAUGUUUCCUACAUUAAACAUCGGUGGUACUUCACAAAGAACUUUAUUGCUUUCAGUGUGUGAGAUCAAACUGCAGGUGCUGGUUUAAAUUGGAGGUAGACACAAAAUGCUGGAGUAACUCAGCGGGACAGGCAGCAUCUCUGGAGAGAAGGAACGGGUGAAAGGUCUCGACCCCAAACGUGGAUUACUCCAGCAUUUUGUGUCUACCUUUUACAGGUUUCAAACUGCGUUUCGGUGUUUUUCAUUCACAAAAGGUGCUACAUUAGGGCAUUUUCCUUUCCAGGGGAUAAAAAGAAAGGACUAACUUUUGAACAUAAGAGCUAAUGCUAAUUUGGGCUUCUCUUCUAUGAGUGAGCCCAGUGUAUGGCACAAUUUAAAAAGGUCAAAUCUAUUUUGGACAAAAAUGUUUAAGAUUUUUCCCACUGCUUAUUUAGAAUCAUUGUGAAUUUGAUGAGGCUUUCUUGAAUGUUGCUGUGGAUGGAAGUAUAUAUAUAUAUAUAUAUAUAUUACCCAGAAGUGCUGACUGGCAGUGACUAGUUGUCAAAGCAUAGCCAAGCAUGUUAAAGGUUGGAGGGGGUUUGCAGGAGCCAGACAUUUGCCUGUUAAUAAAUUUUGUACACCAUUCAA